AUUCAGUAGUAUAAGUCAAAAUCAAAAAUGGAAGAGCUGCAGUUGUCGGAAACUUUACAGAGAUACUUUUCUGAUAUUUUUUUAUUAUGUGACGAAGAGAGCUCAGGAAAAGCUUCUGUUUUAAAAACUAUUGAACUUAUAAGGUCUGGAAAUGUACCUGAACAUGUAAUAGAUGAGAUAUCUGAAAUAAUAUGUUGGAAUCAAUCCACAACUAGUUUAAGUAGGAAACAGUUUUUCUCUGCUCUCAAGUUAGUGGCAGCCUAUCAGUCAAGCAGAAGUCUGAGUAGUGAGAUAAUAACAGCCAAUAUAGAUUUGCCUUUGCCAAAGUUUACAUGGAAUAACUUAGGAAAUGAGAGCCCCAUUCCUGAUUUGAUAGAACUGAGUAAUGAUUUGAAUGUAUAUAGAGAACACAUAGAUACUACCAGUACUGACUCGGAAUUUGAUAGUGAUACAUUAAGUCUGAACCGAAAUGGAUCUCCAGAAGUUUCAAGUACAACUUCAGAUAGUCCAACACCAACAAAUAGUGUACAAGAUAGGAAUUGGGCUGGAAGAGGUUGGCAAGGAUUGAUUUCUGAGGAGCAAAGACAACUACUGGGUACAGAAGAGGAAUUGUCUGACAAACAUAGCAGUGAAGAUGAGACUGAAGUUUUAGAUGAUGUUUGGACUAUUACACCUGAGCAAUGUACAUACUAUAUAAAACAGUUUAAGACCUUGCAAUCAGACCUAACCGCACUGCUACCCGGACCAGUGGCCAGGACCUUCUUUGAAAAAUCACGCUUACCAGUACAGACAUUGAGGAAAAUAUGGCAGCUAGCUGAUGUUACAAAAGAUGGAGCCUUGAGUUUACAAGAAUUCAUGACCGCCAUGCAUUUGGUUGUGUUGAAGAGGAAUAAUAUUGAGAUACCGGAUAUUUUACCGCCAGGUUUGAUACCAGGAAAUACUGAUCAACCGAAGUCACCAAGUCCAGAAACUGAACCAAUAUUAUCACCACCAGCUCUUCCAUCAUCAAAAGAAACCGCCAAAGAAUGGACCAAGUUCGUUGAAAGCCCCACAAAUUCCAUUUCAUCGCCUGGACCCAAGCCUGUCAACUUCGAUUUUCAGAAAGUUUCCCUGGAUAAAGAUCCGAAAAUUUUGCAUCCGAAAGCAUUAAGAUUAACACCAGAAAAUCCAGGAACAUCGAAUGAGGAACCCAGAGAGAUUGUGGAUGGACCAAGUCCGAAAUUGUUUUCAGAUAGUAAUAGUUUGACAGUAGGACAUAAUUCGAAUUUAACCAACGUCAAUUCCCAAACUCAAAACAGUGCUAUUCAGAGGCCACAACCUAAGAAGAUUGUAGGAAAAGGCGCCAUCCCACCUCCGCCCACUAAUCAAAAUAGUUUCGAAGAAGGCCCAGUGAGUUUACCCGCUUUUCCACCGCCAAAGAAGGAUAAACCACCACCACCUCCUCCUAGAUCAUUUAAGACUCAUGGCAGAAGCUCUUCACUGGAUUUGAAUCGUCUGACUAAAGUCCCAGUUGUACCUCCUAGGGUCAGUCCCAGUAUUAAUCCGUCAAAAAAGCUGACCAAUCAAAAAUCAGAAGGCGACCAAGCUGUAGCGGCCCCAACAGAUAAUCAAGACGCAGAAGUUUCCUUUGCCAACUUCGAUCAGUUCGAGAAAUAUGAGAAUGUCCAAGAGGGUGUGUUCCCUGGUAGUGUGUAUGAAGCCGAGAGAAAAAAAUUGUUUGCGCAGUUCUCGGUGCCGGAAAGUACAGAAGAAGCGGGUCCCAGAAGACACGGAGCUUUUGAGGUGUAUAGGAAGCCAAAUAAAGGAAGGGAAAGUCCCAUAUCGAACGAAGAAAAACUGAAAUGGGAUGUGUUCCAAAAGAUGCAAGAAGAAAAUACUGUUCUGUUGAGACUGUGCCAGGAAUUAAGUCAAGAAUUAGCUGAUAUAAGGGAAGAGAAACUAGCGCUUAAAGUGAGGUUGGAAAAGCUGAUGAACGGAGGAUAAUAUUUUAUCUAUAUCAGUCUCGAGUUCCUUCGUCACUUGUUAGGUUUUAAAAAUGCUUCUAAAGUAUAUUUUUUCUAAAAAUGAAGAUAUUGGAUCACAAGGUAGGAUUAUUUGAAAGAGUAAAAGCUAUCAGAGAGUUGUAAAUUUUCAUUGUGAAUUGUUGAUAACUGUUGGGCUUUGAAUUGUUCGACUAUCUCGAUUUAAGUUUAUUUUCAUAGAUAUAACGAGAACACUAUCGCCAGUUUCCCUAGAACCUGUAUAAAUAAAAUGUGAUUUAGUUAUGGAUUUAUUAUCGUCUAUUAAGUUUGAAUAUAUAUAUUAGAAAUCUUUUACUUCA